AGAUAAAUAUAGCAGUAUCACUUACGUGCAGUUCUUCCCCACACUCCCCAUCCACUACAGCUUCAGUCCGGGACCUCUGCUCACCUGUCGAUUGUUUCUUUUGCUUGUGGUGUCAGUGCGUUGACCUCCCUUGACCCGACAGCAAACCACAGUGAGAAAACACCGCGUGCCGGAGAUCUGGCACCUUUUUGCGCACUGGGAGUUUCCAGUGCCCGUUGCCCCCAACACAUCCUGCAACGGAGGAUGUGACAACCCUCCUCCCCCCUCUCUCUCUCCCCCCCCCAGCGCCGCUUCCUCCAGGCGAUGUCCGACGUCGACUUGGUCACGGGGGCAUGGCGAUGACUCCUAAGGGCACGAGAGCGGGCGAGCGAUGCCCUUAGACUCCCCCUACAGGAACCCCGGGAGGUGGCGGGCCGUUGCGAACCAUCAGGAGAACCGCCACGGCACAGCGGGUUGUCUGCUAUCCCUCGUACUGCUUGCUCCUCUACUGACGCCCGCGUGUGGUGUGGGCGUGGUGCUGGUGGCCGUCCUGAUCUACAGCUGCGUGGUGGUGCCCGCCCUCGCGAAUUACUACUCUUUCUCCCGCCUUCUCCUUCGCUCCGUCAAGUUCCUUGGCAAUGGCGGGGGUGCGUUCGGGUGGCCGUGGUGGCGAGCACAUACCUGCUUACAUGUGGCUGGUACUUCUGGUACUCGUCCCCUACUUGGUCCACACCUUACGGAACCGUCCUUACCUGCUGGUCGUAGCGGGGAUAAUAUACGUUACGGUGGUCCUCCCUGCGGCUCUGAAGGGGCAGCUGUACCAGGGUUCCCUCCUGUGGCUUCCGAGGACGGUAGUGGCUCUCUUGAUGCUGCGAUCUGGACUUUACACGGGCCUGGCAUCCAAGCUCGGCCAGGCACUCACAGCCGCGUGCCACUACGCAGCAGGAGGUCUUAGGGUCAUACUACAGUGCCUCCUGAUGGUGCUCCUCCUCCCCUUCACCUUCGUCAGGACGUUCGUGCCGCUGGUCCACAACUUCUACUUGUCCUUCGAAGCGUUCAGGGUCACUUCUAACCAAAUGGUGUUCUUCGUCCUGGCAGAACACGCGAUGACGCCCAAGCCCCAGCAGGCAGCUCUCUACUUUCUGUUCUUCUACACCGUCCUUAUCUACUUACACAAGACUCUCUUCAGACGCCAGUGGGGCCAGAACCUCAACUCGACGAACCUUCGAGAUUUCCUGAGGCUAACGGCUUGGUACAUGGCUGUGCGACUGGGCAAAGGCGUGGCGCUGUCGUUCAUCCUGGUUAUGUUCACCGUGGAAUUCCGUCACGGCGAACCACAGCUGUCAUAUAUCGCUGCGACCUUCGUGUAUUUCUCAAUCACGCAGCACAAGUGGACGGGCAAUGAGCGGGUCGUCGCGUGGCUGAGAAGCCUGAGUCUGGAGCUUUUCGAGGAGGAGGAGGAGCUGUGGGUGCCACUGGGCUUCAAAGCUGGCACUGUGCUGGCUUCCGUGGCUGUGGCGGCGCCCCUGGCUUCCACCUGGCCGACGCUCUGCGCCGUGGCCGCCUAUACCAACGUCCUGGCCCCUGUGAUCCUCCUGAGGGCGCAGUUCGAGACGCAGCACCAGACGAUCCUCAACAAGUAUCGGCGAGCGACGAAGGAGGAGAUUUUAGCCCACUCAACGUGCCCUGUGUGUCUGGAGACGCUGAAAGUGGCGAGGGCGACUCCAUGCAACCAUCUUUACCAUGCCACCUGCCUCAGACGCUGCCUUGAGCUCUCCCCGCUCUGUCCCAUGUGUAAACAAACCAUCCUGUGAUAGCGUUGCAGUGUUUGUAAACAGGCAGUUUUCACAAGGCUGCCCGACAUGACGUGAGUGCAAACAAACAUUUAAAAGAGGGACUACGGAUGUAAUUUUUCUUUUUCUCUUUGUUUAUUCUUUUUUUGUGGGGUGGGGUGGGCUGUUGGGGGGGGGGGGUAGGUUAUUAGCGGUUGCUUUGUUGAACGCGGCGUCUGUGAAUAUUUGUUUUGAUAAUGUCAAAUCUUUGGUGACUCAUGUGUCAAUAUUGAUGUGCCUUAUUAAGUUGUUGUUGAUAAUGUAAAUAAAAUAUCUAUAUUUAUGCCUUCUGUCCGUUAAUAAAGAGUGAUAUAUA